AAUCAAGCGGGGCUACUUUGUCCUGGACGGUGUCAAGCUUCUUCAGCAUUGAGGGAGCUGCAUUCAUCGAGGCAAGUCGGGAGUAUUCCAUCACAUUCCUGACUUGCACCUUGUGGAUGGUGGACAGGCUUUGGAGAGUCAGGAGAUGUUUUAUAUAAUCUUUGGAACAAACAAAAAUGGGUCGCAGUCGUUCGCGAGAGGAUUUGCAAAGCAGGAGUGAACAUGGAUCGAGAAGUGAAGUCAAAAAAAAAGAGGAAAAGAGGAAAAGGAAACGGAGCAGCAGUGAAAGUCUAUCAGCUUCUCAUAGACAUUCCCGAGGCUUAGCACCUGCACCAAGCAUGGGCGAGGGAAUAACACAAAAGCAUAAAGUUAAAAGGAAACGUAAUUCGCCCUCUUCAUCCUCAUCAUCUAGUUCAUCACCUUCUUCACAUCUGUCAUCAGAGGAAGAAAAGCGUAAAAAAAGGAGUCACAGUUCGAAAAAAAAGAAAAACAAAGACAGAAAGAGAAAGAAGAAAAGGAAAAAGGAGAAGAAGAAACUGAAGAAGAAAAUGAAGAUGAAGAGAGAAACACUGCUGGAUACGAGGACUCCAACUGAGGGAAUGACUGGGCGUUUAGAGGAGCAGCAGAUGGAGAUAGCCAUUACAGAUGAACAGAAAGCUCGAAUUCUGGCCAUGCGGCCAAUGACAAGGGAAGAAUGGGAUGCCAGGCAAAGUGUUAUUCGUCGAGUGGUGGAUCCAGAGACUGGCAGGUCAAGGAUUAUUAAAGGUGAUGGUGAAGUUCUGGAAGAAAUUGUUAGCAGAGACAGACACAAAGAAAUUAAUAAGCUUGCUACGAUGGGUGAUGGGUUCACUUUCCAGGUGAGAAUGGGCCUAAAUCAAAGGUGACAGGAGCUGAAAGCCUUUGGGAUUACUGAAGUUUUCAACUCAAAAAAAAAAUCAUUCUAAAUCACAGCUUGUAUUUAAGGAUGACUUUUCAUUAGCUUUUAAUAAAUUGUGUUGCAAUUAUA